AUGUCUUCGUCUGCGGCCUCUCGUUUGUUGCUAGUGGGACUUGGCAAUCCUGGAGAAAAAUAUAAACUCACUCGACACAAUAUCGGAUUCAUGAUUAUUAAUGAAUUUUGCAAGAGAUACGGUUUUUCGGAGUGGAGAGAAUCUCCAAAAUAUAAUUCAAUGAUUUGCGUGAAGGAGCAGGCCACAUUUUGGACACAUCAUGAAUUGAAGAAGAGUUUUGUGGAGAAGGAAAUUCAAAGGCUGAAGAGUAAAUGGUUGCAUGAGCGAAGAAGAGAAUAUUCGGGAAAAGAUUUUAAGGAAGACGUUGUCAUGAUGGAUUGCCCGAAUUUUUCAUCAGCAGAUAUUGACAUUCAACAAAUUGAGGAACGUGUGAAAAAUAUCAUUGCAUAUCCUCAGACUGAUGUACAUUGUAUGAAGCCUCUCUCUUUUAUGAAUUUGAGUGGAAUUCCUGUCAAGAAGUAUUUCGACAUGAAUGGAAUGAAAUUGAACCAUUUGGAUGACACCAAUCGAAUUUUGGUUAUUACAGACGAUGUGUCACAACCAUUCGGGACUUUUAAAUUGAAAGCAAAAGGAGCUCACGGCGGUCAUAAUGGUUUGCGAGACAUUGAGGCCAAAUUAGGAACAGACAAGUAUCACAGAUUAAAAGUUGGAAUUGCUCCCACGAAAAAUCCAGACAUGGCCAAACAACCAGGUCAAGAUUUAGCCGAAUACGUUCUCUCCAAUUUUGCACAUGAAGAGCAACGGCAAUUACCCAACCUUAUUUCUAGAGGUGUAGAAAUUUUGAAGGAUUACAUUUCAUUUGAAUUUAAAUAUGUGAAAACGUAA